AGAUAUUCUCCACGUUGUCCCACAAGGCACAGGAGGUCAAGCACUUGCACACAGACAGAAACAAGACCACCCUAUCCUGCAAUAGCUGUGUGUGACAGUGGGCAAGAAGAGCAGAUACAGCACCAGGAGACCUUGGAGAAAGACCAAGGUGGGACAGUGGGAUGGAUGUGCUCUGCUAGGAGAUGUAGUAAUGUGUCCUUUUGCAACAACCUAUUAGACUGCUCUGCAGACCAUCAAUGUUUGGGUUUGCCAUUUUGAACCAUGGGGUUGAUUUUUUGUAGAAGUGGGCCUGAGGAAAGGAUGUUAACAGAGAACUUCCUGCAUUAAUUUGUAUCUGAGAAAUGAAGACAGGUAUUUCAGAGCUGGGAAGUCUGUAGGAAGGAACACUCCACGAGCAUCUUAUAAAUGUCAUGAAACUGGUUUGCUAAGGGCUCUUUUCAGCUGUUCCUUGGUUGGCUGUCUCCUACCCUUGGCCAGCUUGGUGGAUGGCACAGCAGCCUUGGUUCCUCCUGCUGGCUGCGUGACAUAGCUUUGCUCUGGGAGAUCUACCUGAAUGUUGUGAGAAAUACAUGGAGUUUAGGAGCCUUUGGUUAGCCACCUGUAAGCUGAAAGACUCAAGUGUAGGUAAUUACACACAUUCCAGUAAUGAGAUAAGACCUCUCUACAUUCUUCUGCAGGUCCUGUCUGGUGGCCAGGUUGAAGGUGUGCUUUGUGGACAGAAGAAACCUCGUGCCCCCGGCUCCUCGAUUGUGGAGGAAUUUCAUGUCCCUUAUAACACGCUCACUAUGAGCUUCCAGUCAGACUUUUCCAAUGAGGAGCGUUUCACUGGUUUCGCAGCCUACUAUGUUGCAGUGGACGUGGAUGAGUGCACAGAUUUUGUGGAUGAACCUUGCAGCCAUUACUGUAAUAAUUAUAUUGGAGGUUACUUCUGUACUUGUCCACCAGAUUAUUUCCUCUAUGAGGAUAAGAAAACAUGUGGAGUGAACUGCAGUGGAAGUGUCUUCACUGAGCCAUCAGGGGAGAUCUCCAGCCCCAAUUAUCCCAACCAGUACCCAGAGAACUCGCGGUGUGAGUACCGAGUGGCUCUGACGCCAGGGUACUUUGUGGCAUUGACCAUACGCAGUGGAGACUUCGAUGUGGAACCAGCUGACUCAGAAGGGACUUGUCACGACAGCUUAACACUUGUCUCUGGAAAGCAGCAUUUUGGUCCCUAUUGUGGCAGCAAAUUCCCAGGUCCUCCCGAAAUCAAAACUAGGAACAACAUUCUUGACAUAACCUUCCAGACAGACCACGCAGUACAGCACAAAGGCUGGAAAAUACGCUACUAUGCGGAUCCUGUAACCUGUCCCCAGACUGUCAUCCCCAACUCUGUUCUUGACCCAAAGAAGGACAGGUAUAUCUUCAAGGACAAUGUGAAGGUGACCUGUGUAGAAGGCUAUGAAAUUGUGAGGAAACGAGACAGCAUCAAGAUUUUUCACUCCAGCUGUCAGGACAAUGGGGAAUGGAGCAACUCCCAUUUCAGCUGUGUUCCUGUAAACUGUGGUGAUCCCACUCCUAUUGACAAUGCCCAAGCUGUAUACGUCUCUGAGCUUCAUGAGCCUCUGUACAAAGCUGCUUUCCGCUAUCAGUGUGAUGCACCUUACUAUACCCUAAAAACCCAAGGGGAUGGGGUGUAUCAGUGCUCAGCCAAUGGAGAAUGGGUAAACAAAGAGAUGGGAUCAAAGCUACCAAAAUGUAUCCCAGUCUGUGGGGUGCCUAGUAAUCCCAUUGAAGAGAAAGCAAGGAUUUUUGGAGGCACCCUUGCAGAAAAGGGCAACUUUCCCUGGCAGGUGUAUUUCCAUUACCCAAGAGGAGGUGGCGUACUCAUCUCUGAGAGAUGGGUAAUGACUGCAGCUCAUGUGCUGGAGGGUUACGACAAGCCCACCAUGUAUGCUGGGGUAAUCAAUGUUGGUGGAGAAUCUCUGUACCGGGAGGCCAAGCAGCUGAUCCCAGAGGCUUCAUUCAUCCAUCCUGAUUGGAAGAAGCAGCCCAUAGAAACCAGGACCGAUUUUGAUAAUGAUAUUGCUCUACUGAAGCUGAGGGAUCCCGUGAAGAUGGGCCCAAACAUCUCUCCCCUCUGUCUUCCUGGUAAAUCACCUGAGUAUGAGCUGCAAGAAGGGACUCUGGGCUACAUUGCUGGCUGGGGCCAAAGAGAAAGAGGAAGACUGCCCAUUUAUCUUUGGAAGGCCCAGAUUCCCGUGGUGGACAUGGAUAAGUGCCGAUCUGUGAAACCAGAGGGCUCUGCUGAUUCCAGCGCGUACCGAUUCACUGACAAUAUGAUCUGUGCUGGUGGUGACAAGGACAGCUGUAAGGGGGAUAGUGGUGGAGCUUAUGCUAUCCAAGAUCCUCUUAAUGACAGACAGUACUAUGUGGCUGGGCUGAUCUCCUGGGGACCAAGAUGUGGUACCUUUGGUCUUUACACCAAGGUAGUGCGUUAUUUGGACUGGAUUACAGAGACCAUGAGCAAGCAUGAGAAUGCAGACACUUGGCAGGAUUAGCUCUUUCUCCUUUCAGCACAGUCACCAUUUCUAAACAUGAUGGUUACAAGUUCAGGCUGGCUGUGAUCCUGCUCACUUUGCGUAUGUAACAGGCCUACUCAUUGUAUGUGCUGAGUGGAGAGGCAGGGAUAUGUAUCUGUUUCUCCCACUGUCAUUGUGCCUGGGAAGGGAAAUGCUUUUUCUUCCACUCACAGCAGCGUAAGAGGAAGAUGCCAUUUGGGAUAAAAAGGCUCCCUCUGCUUACUCUCAUUCUUUUCUAUGCCAUUUUUUCACACUUGGAGAAUAUGUAGCCAUACCCCCACCUGACAGGAAGAUUUCAAUGCAGAUAAGAGAGAAUAACUGUUAGUUCCCAAAGUAGGUUCAGAGCCUGGUUUCUGAUUUAUGUAUUUCCUGUAUUGUUCAGAAUAGCUAACAGCAUUAAAGUAUGUCCAAGCUGCCUUUUGUGCAAUG